AACAACAUACAUAUCUCACUUACUUUAUCAGUCUUCUAUACCUUUACCAAACCCUUCUUACUACCUAUACUUCAUUUCACUUCUUUUCCUCAACCAAAUUACUCUUCACUUUUUACAAAUUCAAACCAAACAUGUUUGCUACUGUCAUCCCCCGCAAAUUCAUCUACGCAUCGCUCCCUGUUGCAUACUUUGCACAUGUUAUCUCUGUGAGAAGACAAACAAACGCCGAUCGAUUAUUUCUACAAAACGGUACUGCAGAACAAAUCAAAUCCCCAUCGGUUGAACGAAGCAAUGGAGGAAUUUAAACCAAAAAAAGUUAUUUGAACUUGUUACUUUUCGCCAUAGUAUCAUCAGAAUUUGAUCUUGGGAUCUUCAAAAGCAGUGUAUAACACCAAACCCUUUUCACAUUUUUCAUGUAUAUCUUUUCUUGUACAGAAUAAACUUCUCUUCCUCUGGGGUACAUACUUUUUUCUUAUUCCUUCAUGUGAAUCAUGUUAGUUAUCCAGAGUAGGCAUGCGGGAGGAUGUGUUGU